UAUAUAAUUUUGUAAAUUUAGGUUUCUUUCGUCCUCAUUCCUCGCGACCCAUUCUUCCUCAUGUUCGCAAUUGUCGUCGUCCGCACGCCAUCAGCCAUCCCCGUCCUCGUUUUGGCAAUCGUUUUUUCAAUCCCCGUCCGGCCGUCGGCACACCAUCAGCCGCAAUCGCUGCCGUCCGCACGCCGUCUGCAUGCCCAACCCGACACUCGUUCGCUCAGUCGCACGCCCAACCCGUUGCGUUAGUUAAAUCAAAUGGAUUCAACGGAUACGGAGUUAGUGUGUGAUGGGAGUUGUGAAGCUACAAAAAUCGUAAGGAAUGAAGAUACGGAUGGCAAGCAUAAAACCAUUGAUGUUGAUCUUGAUUCAUAUGGGAGAGAAGAUGUUCCAAAUCCCCAAAAAAUAAGGAAGAAUGUCAAACAAUCAAUGGUUUGGGACCACUUUGAGAGGCUUAAAGGUGAUCCUAAUGACCCUCGUGCUAAAUAUAAAUAUUGUGGAGUUGUUUAUGCAUGUCAUUCUAAACGUAAUGGUACUGGAACUAUGAAGCAUCAUUUAGAAAAUUGCAAAAAGUACCCUUACCAAAAAAAGAGAGACCAAACUCAAAUGACAUUAGCUUUUAAACCUAAAGACAAAGUUGGAGAUAAUUCUUCACAACUUGUAUGUGAAUCAUUUAGUUUAGAGGGUUGUCGGGAUGCUUUGGUUGAGAUGAUAAUAGUUGAUGAAUUGCCCUUUAAGUUUGUGGAGGGUAAGGGAUUUAAGAAGUUUGUGGAUAAAUUAACAUGUGGAAAUCAUACUAGAUUUAUUGUUCCAUCUCGAUUUAAUGUAGCUAGAGAUGUGCUUAAGUUGUAUGUUAAUGAGAAGAAUCAUUUGAGAGACAUGUUUGUAAAAAAUAAGUAUAGAGUUUCUCUCACCAAUGAUUGUUGGACAUCGGGACAAAAUAUUAAUUACAUGGUCCUAACAGCCCAUUUCAUUGAUUCUGAUUGGAAAUUACAUAAGAGAAUACUUAGUUUUUCUCCAAUUGAGAAUCAUAAAGGUGAUACUAUCGAUAAAACCAUUGAAAAGAAUUUGAAGGAUUGGGGCAUUGAGAGGGUAAUGACUUUGACGGUUGAUAAUGCAAGUUCGAAUGACACUGCUGUUGCUUAUCUUUUAAAGAGAUUCAAUAAAGGAUUAUUGUUUGGUGGGGAAUUUCUGCAUGUUCGUUGUUGUGCCCAUAUAUUGAAUCUUAUAGUAAUUGAUGCUUUUAAGGAACAUAAUGAUUGUAUUGAUAGGAUUCGAUAUGCUGUGCAAUUUAUAAGGUCUUCUCCUGCUCGUUUUUUGAAAUUUAAAAAGUGCAUUGAACUUGAAAAAAUUGCUUGUAAGAGUUAUGUGUGUCUUGAUGUUCCUACAAGAUGGAACUCCACAUAUAUGAUGCUUGAAGCUGCUGUUAAGUUUGAAAAAGCUUUUGAUAGAUUAGAAGAUGUCUCGUAUAGACAUGAUAUGUCACCGAAUAAGGAAGAUUGGACAAAUGCUAGGAUGUUAAUACGAUUUUUAAAAGUAUUUUAUGAUGUCACAUUAAAGAUUUCGGGUUCUUUGUAUACUACUUCGAACUUGGUUUUCCAUCAGAUUACAGUGGUUCAGAAUUGUAUACGUUUGAAUGCGGGUAGUGCAAAUGCAUUGUUAGUUGGAAUGGCUAAUAACAUGAAGGCAAAAUUCGAGAAAUAUUGGGGAAACAAUGAAAAGAAUAAUUUGUUGUUGUAUGUUGCUAUUGUGUUGGGUCCUCGAAAGAAAUUAAGAUUUGUAUCUUUUUGUUUGAAAUUUUUUUUUGAUCCUGAGGUUGCUGAAUCCAUGGGAAAUGUAGUGGAACAAUGUUGUAGACGUCUCUUUCAUGAGUAUAGUACUACUCGAAGUGGGAGUAGACAAGGAUGUAGUAGUACUAGUACAACUAGUACACAAACUGUUUCAGGCUUGGAUGUUAAUAUUGAUUUUGAUUCGAAUGAAAAUGUGGGUGAAGAUUUUGUCUACGACACGAUUGUUGAGGAAUUUGAAGAUGAUUCUACUACACCUUUCGAACAGGGAUCAUCGGAGAUUGAUAUCUAUUUGUUGGAAGCCAAUGUUAGGACCAAAGGUGAUUUUGACAUACUACAGUGCUGGAAGAUGAACAGUGAUCGAUUUGAGGUUCUUGGUCAAAUGGCUAGAGAUAUUUUGGCUAUUCCAGUUUCUACUGUAGCGUCUGAGUCGGCUUUUAGUACUAGAGGACGUGUUGUUGACUCAUCACGCUGCUCAUUGGCUCCUAAAACAGUGGAGGCUCUCAUAUGUACUCAAAAUUGGCUAAAUUCUGAUCCAAAACAUCUUCAAUUUCAACAUGAAUUGGAAGAGGCUUCAAAAUUUGAAGAAGGAUUUCGGGUGGUUAUGGAGAAUGAAAAGGAGCUUGAAGACCUUCCAGAUUUUGAUAAGUUGUCAAUUACCGAUUAUUAACUAAUUCUGAUCCAAGACUUGUAAUAUUUCUAUUGACUAGAUUAUCAUAGUAUUUUUGUUUCAUAUUUUGGUUGUAUUUGUGACUAUUAAUAGUAAUGUGGUGAACUGAAUUGAACUUGGAUGUUUCUAACCCUAUAAUAUUUGAUAUAU